UUCGCUUCCGGCCGAGCACGCGUCGACAUCGUGUGCGGAAAACUUCGCAAAGUUACCCAAAAAAAUGGCCAAGCGUACGAAGAAGGUCGGAGUCGUCGGGAAGUAUGGUACCCGUUAUGGAGCCUCGCUGCGUAAGAUGGUCAAGAAAGUGGAAAUCACCCAGCACGCCAAGUACACGUGCACUUUCUGUGGCAAGGAGUCGAUGAAGCGAACCUGUGUCGGCAUUUGGAGUUGUAAAUCGUGCAGGAAAACCGUCGCCGGCGGGGCUUACGUCUUCGCAACCACCGCCGCUGCCACCGUGAGGUCAUCAGUGCGUCGACUUCGUGAAACCAAGGAGGUCUAAAUAAAUCUGUGACUCCCUUUGCGAAACAAAG